CAAGUACGAAACCUAGACAUUUCUUUGUGUACACACUGGAGGGCUUCGUCGCUAAAUGAGAAUUAAACUCUCACUAGUGUGACCUUACUGAUGUCUUACCAUAUUCUUUUGACCAAUGUGGCAACUCUAUUUCCUGCUUUUCCAGUGAAUUCCCUAAUCUUUUUAGUGACUCAGGAGCAUUUCGUGUUUAGCUUUUGUGAAUUGAAUAUUGACAACGCAGUUAAUUAAAAAAUGGAGGAUCUGAAAAAAAGCAUUUUAGAUAUGAUGGCAGUAAAAUUGGACGAUGGUCUUAGGCUUCUGGAGAAUAGAGUUGCUAAUGUGGAAGUUAAGCAGAAUAACAACAAUCCUGAGAGUUUCCAGUAUCAGCAAUUGCUAGACGAUUUAAAACAAAACAAAGAUGAGAGUAAACUGCAAUUCGAAAAGAUUCAAAAGGAAGCUGAAGCAAUGAGUAUUAAAAAUGCUCAGCUUGAGCUCAAAAUUUCUGAUUUGCUUAAAAAUAUGGAAAAUCUUCGAAAAGAUGAAGGUAAUAAAAAAGAUCAGCUGCAAAUUUUAAAGGAACCUGAGGCAAACCAACGACAGCAAAUGCCAGACGAUCGACAAAAUCACGAAGAAAUUUCAAUUCACGAAGCUUAUAUGUAUCGUAAAGAGAUGGACGAAAAGAAUAAUAUGUGCCAUCAGUUAGAGCGAGAAAUAAAAGAUCUUCGCAAAGAGCUAGAGGCGAAAGAUAUUAUAUGCCAAGAUUUGGAACUUGAGGUAUCCCAAGUACGACAACACCCAGAAUUUAUUUUAAUGCGACAGCAAUUGCUUGACGAUCUUAAAGGUCAAGAGGAGCUUCAUUUACGAGAAGUAAAAGAGCUUCGUAAGGAACUGAAGGCUAAGGAUAAUAUAUGCCAGGAGCUAGAACUUAAGAUAUCCCAAGUACGGGAAAAUCCUGAAUUUCUUCAAAUGCGACAGCAAUUACUUGAUGAUCUUAAAGGUCAAGAGGAGCUUCAUUUACGAGAAGUAAAAGAGCUUCGCAAAGAGCUAGAGGCAAAGGAUAAUAUAUGCUAUCAAUUGGAGGUUGAGAUAUCCCAAGUACGGGAAAAUCCUGAAGUUGUUCAAAUGCGACAAUCAUUACUAGAUGAUCUUAAGCUCCAAGAAGAACUUCAUUUGCUCGAAGUAAAUGAGCUUCGCAAGGAGCUGGACGAAAAGGAUAAAAUAUGUCACCAACUAGAGAAUGAAAUGUUCGGACAGGAAAAUGCUGAGCUUAUUCAUAUGCGACAACAAUUAAUGGAUAAUCUUAAAGAUCAAGAAGAACGUCAUUUACGAGAAAUAAGUGACCUUCGCAAGGUGCAGGAGGACAAAGAUAAAUUAUGCUUGGAGAAAGAGCAGGAAGCAGCUCAACUUCGAGAUCGUCUUAAUUUCAGCGAGUCUUGCCCAAUAUGUAUGGAUCCUUGGAAUUCUUCAGAACAUCGCAUGGUUGCGUUGUUAUGUGGUCACAUUUUCGGCGAGUCAUGUGUACGAGAAUGCUUGGAAAGAAAUCCGAAUUGUCCAACGUGUCGAGCUCAAGCUUCUGCAAAUGAUAUACGUAAGCUAUUUACUCGUUCUUAACAACUGGUUCAAUUAUGUGGAUAUUAUAAAUUUGCCACGAGCGAAUUUUUAUGUAAAUAUCCAGUAUCCAAGUAUAAAUCAAACCAAAAAAGUUAAAUGCUGAAUAAAAUAAAAUAAAAAUUAAAAU